GUCAGCUGGUACACUGCUUGGUUCAAAAGGAAACGUGAUUGCUCAAACAUCCGGGACUCAUUCCUGUCUCCUGAAGUGGGAAGUGACAGAGCUCACCUCGGGCAGCACAAGAGCGGCACACAGAAGGAUAUCUUCUUGUAAGAGACAUAAUGGAACCCUCCAAAGAGUAUCUAUUCAACCACAAAGGAUUUUAUUUUGUAACACAAGGAGCUACACCUGAGAACAUAGAUGCCCUGGAGACAUUUGAAAUCAGAGACAGCGAUAUUUUCAUAGCUACCUUUCCAAAAUCAGGAACUGUGUGGAUGCAGAAUAUUUUGAAUUUAAUACUUCAUGAAGGCCACCGUAAUGGAACGGAGGACGUAGAGAACAUGGACAGAAUCCCAUGGCUGGAAUACAAUUUUAGAAAUAUGGAUUAUGCAGCUCUUCCUUCACCUCGUGUCUUUGCYACUCACCUACCUUACUACUUAACUCCAAGAGACCUGAGAAACAAAAGAGCACGUGUUAUUUAUGUUACCCGGAACCCCAAGGAUGUCGUGGUUUCAUAUUAUCACUUUACCAAAAUCAUGUCAUCGCUAGAGGAAGUGUCAGAUUUCAGCCUUUUCUUAGAGAGAUUCCUAGCUGGCAAAGUCAUGGGUAGUUCGUGGAUGGAUCAUGUUACAGGCUGGUACAGCCACGCUCAGGAUUUCAAUAUACUCUUCCUUACCUAUGAAGAAAUGAAAAAGGAUCUCAGAAGUGCUGUGCUCAAGAUCUGCAACUUCCUGGGCAAGCAGUUGAGUGAAGAGGAAGUGGAAAGUGUGGUGAGACAGGCUAUGUUUGAGAAUAUGAGGAAAGAUCCCCGGGCAAACUAUGAGAAAAUGCCUGGACACCGCGAAGAGGACGGGAAGUGCCUCUUUCUACGCAAAGGCACUGUUGGAGACUGGAAAAACCUCAUGACAGUAGCACAGAGUGAAAGGGUUGAUGAAGUUCUGAAAAAGAAAAUGGAGAGUCUGCCCAUCAAAUUCAUCUGGGAUAUUAGUGAUAAGGUGUAGGCUGCUUUCCUGGGUCAUCAACCUUUGCUAUUCAGAGUGGAUGGAUACGUUGGGUGUUGUGAAAGAACAAAGCACAUUAAUUUCCAGCUGCAUUGUGGAAAUAAAAGUUCUGUCAGCUCAUUCACAAUAUAUGACUUGACCAAGGAGGAAUCUUAGUUACACCUGAAGCUUCACCAUCUAUCUUAGCUUAUUUUCAUUGCUGUAAACUACAAUUUGAUUCCUCUGUAUUYGCUUUUACUCUCACUAUCUUUACAUACACCUGGUGGUAGACGACCAAGUAAGAAUUGAUCUUGAUAUUGAACAUUGCUAAAAAUACACUGAAAAAAAUCACCUUUUUUUUUGUGGAUUUCUCUAGUAUAAAGUAGGGUAUAAUAUCCACAGAUGAUGCUAUUUACUGUAGAGURUAUCUGCUGGAAUCGUGCUGCUUGCAUUAGUGCAGAUAUAGAAAUAAAACUAUACGAUAACUGCACCUUCCACAGACAMAUCCAUCUUGUAGUAUUUUGGCAUUGUUGUGGUUUCUAGGAGUUUGUUACAAGCCUUGCUCUUUCUUUCUCAAGAUGGAGAGGAGCAAUCCAUUUAGAUGUGCAGCUACCUAAACRGACUGUGGGAGUGGUCUGGUUCAGGCUGCCCUCUGGCUCUGCCUUAUUGAAUGUAUUUAGUUGUAAUCCCUGCAAAAUGGCUUGGGAUUCCUUGUGCCURGUGUAGGCAUCGACUUUMCACCUUAAUGCUAGAGUACAGGUAGGCAGGAGACGUGCCUUUGGCCAAUGUUUGCAUAGRGAGCCUGAGGAUUUCUUUUCAGAAACAUCGGUUUSCUAGCACUGCAGAGGUUUGUACAAAGAAAGYUGACAAACAUGGACAGAACCUUUCCCCUCCCAUAUAGUCUCACACUGAACUUUGUCCAACAGCAGCAAGCACCCGAAAGGUAAGUGUAUGUUAGGAAAUCAGGCGCCACUAUCAGUUAUCUACGUUGCAGUGUUUUACUGUUYKGAAAAACAAUGAAACAYGUGGAAACUCUGUUCAAUCAACUGCAGAUAGACCUUGAUUCAAAUUCAUGCUGACAAGCAGGGACACGGAAAGGCACUGAGAAAGCUGCUGUGAGACCAUGCUUGCUGCUCUUUGAAUCCUCAGAGCAAUGCACCUGAGGGUAGAAAUCAAGCUUUAGGACCAACAGAUAUUGCCUUUAUUCAUAUACCUUUCAAAAUAGGUACUCAAUUACAAAAUACUAAAGGGAGGGAGGACAACAAAARAGACAAAACAUGUUUAUCUGUCACCAUGAGGCUUUUCUCUAUGAUGAAAACAAAAAUCAACUUUCCUCCUCUUCUGGCUUAUUCUUACGCUGUCCCACCCAACCGCUCUGUUGUGCAAGUUAGGGGACGCCCUGAGGUAUUGAUCUAAGUAUAAAGUAAUCCUUCUCAAAACACAACUCCGAACACGGGAAAAUAAUGUCUUUCUCU